AUGCUCCACGAGUUCGACCUCUUUUUCGUCCACCCGUUCGUCCAUCGACUCCACUACUUCUCCAUCUUGCGUGUAAGUUUGUUUGUUUCUCGGACUCGUACCGUCUCUCCAGACCAAUGUGCCCUUCACAGAUUCAUCGUCUGGGCCGCUGUCCAGCGCAACUCGUGCCAGAAGAUGACCUCGACUGAGCGUCUCGAGUGUCCGCUUUUGCGCUGUCGACAGCGCUUUCCGAACCACGAGGCCAUGCUCAAGCACUUGUACACCUGCGAACAGCUUUCCACUGGCGAGUACUGGUGUUAUGACUGCGGCAAAGCAGAGAAGUUUACCGACGGAAAAUGUAAACGAUGUCUAGGCCACCCGGGUAAACGACGCAAAAUCAUGGCUGUUGCUAAGAACUUCUUUUCCUCCUUGGGUCAAAAGUCGAGGAAUCAGCAUGUCCCGGACCUUGGCAUGGACAACGCGGUAAUUCAACCACCGCCUAGCUACGAUUCCAUCCUCGUCCAGCCGCAGCAGGUUGAACUGUCCUCUUCGUCAGAAAUCUUGGAGAUCGAUUCCGUGGAAGUACCACUCCGUCCACCGACGUCUGUCUUUGCCUCAACGAAUGCCUUCGGCGACGAGGCGCCCAACCCCUUCGGAGUUCAGUCGACGGCACCGAAUCAAACCGUUUCUGUGAUGCCGGAUCUCAAUUUCGGUUGCGACUGGGGCACACACAACAAUUUCGGCAUGGUUGACAUGACUAGAGGCGACAAACCAUCUCUGUCCGUUGACACCUAUGGUCUAUCCCAAUAUCGCAAGCAGCACAAGCCUACAACGCGCACAAAGAACCUGUCGCCCAGUAAUUCCCUUAGAUCAAAUGCCAGCACCGAUACCACCGCUAGUUACCUUGUUUCGCCCGCCUCUGUCUUCAGCACCUGGACCAAUGCUGAUACCAACAUCACGUCCCCUGCGCCGGGCAGCAUAGGCUAUGGCGGAAAUCUAUCCCGAGGUUGCUCAAAUGCAAGCAACUACUCAAACGCAAGCCGGUAUUCCAACAACCCGGCUCUGCCUUUGCAUAACUUUAUUUCAGAGCUACCGGCAGAAGAUAUCAUGUCUCCCGUGCCGCAGACACUUCCGGACGAUCUGGGCGGCGAGAAAGAGAUGUUCUCUUUCGCGGCGUCAACAUCCGCUGGCCCAGUGACGGAUGCAGCUACAGUGGAUCAUGUGGAAGGGACGCAAGCUGCAGUUGAAGCAACAGAAACUUUCAAGCCAGCCUGCUCCAUCGAUGCCAACUCACUUGUCGCAUCAGCAUGGGACACGCUCAAGGCUCACGUCAGCUCAUCAAUGGAGAAACUACAACAUCUUUCGCACAACCCGCUUGUAGCAGAACUCCAGUUGCUGUCACCACAGCAGAUUGCUCACAGAGGCCUCGAGACACUGAGAGCGUUCCUCGACAGGAGUCAACCCAUAUCGACGAUUGAUACCCUUUGUUUCGUCCACGUCACUUAUUCGCUUUCUCUGAUCGUCCACGAGGAUGAUGCUUGCAGCCGUUCGACGCAGCUCUACGCUCAAGCCUGCCUUUACUCUCAACUGUUUGUUCCUAGGGAGAGGGAGACCUACCUCGAGGUGGCCUCUGCAAUUUGGCAGCCUCUAGACUUUCCAAUGGCCGAGUGCGACGAUCUCUUGGACCGCCAUGGGGCAUUCUUCCAUCCAUCGUCCAGCCUCAAAGGCAAGGAAAGGGCACAUCCCCUGAAAGCUCCAAGACGCGAUGUUUUGGUGGAUGUGGCACAAUUUUUCCUUGACGAGCUGGAGUUUAGGACUUUGUCAAACAAGGAAAGGGGCUCUAUCGAAGUCCUUGGAUCGAAGAUGUGGAGUCAGCACUUCCAAGACGCUUCCGUACAUAUCAAUCCCGUCUUCACGAAGACGGCGAAUGCGUUUUCUAGCAUGCUUUGGCAACAGCGUGCUCAAUCAAACAUUUUCGGAUCGAAGAUGAAGCGUUUCCAACAUCGCAUUAGCAACGGAAGCAUCCGGACAGUGAGAAGAGCGGAACUGGAGCUCAUGCAGGCCGGAAAGGGAUGCAUGUCAUCGGAAGACUACUUCGACAACUACGUGCUAGAAGUCAAGGAGAAGUUCACUGCUCACUGCGAACAAGCGAUCCCUGGAUCUGUAUCGCGUAGAGAGUACCAGGUAUAUGGCAUCGAGCUUAUGCAAAAAGUCAUCGACAAUAUUUGCAAAAAAGAGACGACUGCGUACCCCACGAAGACUUCGUCAGACGCGACAGGGGACGCCAGCCUCGACGAAUUCAUCAGAAGUCUGACGAAUGAUACACCGGCAUUACCUGGCGACCUCCUGAUCCAGGACGUCUCUGCGUUCAAGGCGCCGUUUCCCGACAUUGCGGUUUCCGUGGACUUCGCCGGCCAGUCAAAUGCCAUGGAAGCUAUGGUAUCAAUGUACAGCGGCAGCAUAGAUCAAGUAAUGGAUGUUGUGCAGCCCUUGCCGACACCGGACAACAGUACUGCGAACACGUCGCCUGACGCCCAGGCUACCCAGUCUGAUUCUGGACCCGUCCACGCAUAUGACCGCUGCGACCUUUGCGAUUAUCGCCCGAGAGGUGAUCCGCAGUGGUUCAAGGGCAGCAUGGCGAAACACAAGAAGCUACAACACUCAACAGCGCCACCAAAGAUAUAUCGCUGCCCGUACCCUGGUUGCACCAGCCAGUACAAGAACCGGCCAGAUAACUUGAAGCAACACCAGCAAGACAAGGGCCACUUUGUUGACGGAGAGACUGAGCGGAGACCGAGCAAGAGGAAGAAGAGGGAGUGA